AUGUUUUGUCGACUAUUGAAAGUGGCCCAACGCGGGAAUAGUGCGGUAAAGAAGAGCACACAGAACAGAUCUGCUGAAAGGCCAGGAUUAACUCUAAGCCGCCUCUACAUCCGCCGCUUCUUCGCCAUAGUCAGGUUCCGAUUUUGUUGGAACAACUUUAAUAGCAAUUUAUCGGCCGGAUUCCACGAGUCGCUGUGCCGUGGCGAUUUGGUGGACGUGACGUUAGCGGCGGAGGGGCAGUUUGUGAAGGCGCAUCGGCUGGUUUUGUCGGUUUGUUCGCCAUAUUUUCGGCGAAUGUUUACGCAAAUGCCCGCCAAUCAACAUGCGUUCGUGUUUCUGAAAGACGUUAGCCAUACCGCGUUAAAGGAUUUAAUACAAUUCAUGUACUGCGGAGAGGUGAACGUGAAACAAGAUGCCCUCCCCGCCUUUAUUAGUACAGCAGAAGCGCUGCAAAUUAAAGGGUUGACUGAUAGUGAACCGGCACCAUCUCAAUCGCCUGCUAAGCCAUCAACACCCGCCCCUCAGCCGCAACCUCAAACAAUAACCACCCCAACAAUGACAACAGCCACAACAACAACGUCACCGCGGGCACGAACAUCAAAUCAAAGAAGUAGAUAUAAGUUAGAGUCAGAAGAUAGUGGAGAUGAGAAUAAACCCACCAACCAAUUAGUUUUACAACAAACACAAACUACGCAACAACACCAACAAGCCACAUUAGUACAACAAACACAAAAACGUCCCGCGCAACGUAGUAUCACGCCGCACACUGCACCGACAAUACUAUAA